ACAGGCAUUUUCCUGAUCGCAGUUAGUGGUGUCACUGCCUGCAACAUGACAGCUGUAGGUCUCAGGGACUGCAAGGCUUGGCAGGAUGCUGGACUAACCCUUUCUACUACAAGCAAUGAAGCCGCCAAACUUUUUGAUGCCGUUGUGACUCAGUAUACUACAUGGGCAAAUGACCAAACUCUGGGAGGAGUGGAAGGAUGUCUAUCCAGAAUGAAAGCUGCAGACCCAAACUUUGUAAUGGGUCAUGUGAUCUCCAAUGGUGUGGAGCUGAUUGGAACUGGACGUUCACCGUUGCUUGAUAAGGAACUUGAUAAUGAAAUAAGAACAAUGGUUGAGCUUUCUAAGACUCAGCCUUUGACUGAGAGAGAGAGGAUUCAUGUAGCUGCAGUGGAGGCUUUUGGAAAAGGAAACCUUCCUAAAGCCUCUGAUCUGUGGGAAAAAAUCUUACGAGAUCAUCCAACUGACCUGCUGGCUUUAAAAUCUGCUCAUGAUGCAUAUUUUUAUCUUGGAUGUCAAACACAAAUGAGAGAUUCUGUAGCACGUGUUCUCCCGUUCUGGUCUCCUAAGGUGCCUUUAAGUAGUUACGUCAAGGGCAUGUAUUCUUUUGGUCUGGUUGAAACAAACUUUUAUGAUCAGGCUCUGAAGGUAGCAAAUGAGGCUUUGGCUGUGGAACAGAAAGAUGCCUGGUCCGUUCAUACUGUUGCGCAUGUCUACGAGAUGAAGGCUGAUCUAGAGAAGGGACUGUCAUUCCUGAAAACAACCGAACAAAACUGGGAGGACCGCGAUAUGCUGGCUUGUCAUGUUUACUGGCACUGGGCCCUUUAUUUCAUUGAAAAGGGUGAAUACGAGGCAGCCCUGACGUUGUACGAUGAUCAUAUUGCCCCUAUCUGCUUUUCAAGGGAAAGCAUGUUAGAUAUUGUAGACACCUGCUCCAUGCUGUACCGUCUCCAAUUGGAAGGUGUGAACGUGGGAGACAGGUGGAGCAAACUUACCGAUAUUACAAAUAAGCACGCUAAGGACCAUGUCCUGAUUUUCAAUGACUUACACUUCCUGAUGUCUUCCUUGGGUUCAAAAGAUCAUGAGAUGACAGCUCAGCUUAUGGAUUCUAUGCAAGAAGUUGCUAAAUCACCUGGUGAGAACUGUCAGCACGCACUAAUUGAUCCGAUUGGUUAUCCACUGUGCAAGGCUCUAGUUGAAUAUGAUAAUGGCAAUUAUGACAAAGCAGUAGACCUGAUUCAGCCAAUUCGUUACCAGAUACUUGAAAUAGGAGGUAGCAAUGCGCAGAGAGAUCUCUUCAAUCAGGUACUAAUCCAUGCAGCAAUACAAAGCAACUCUAAAUGUCACCAGAAUUUAGCCAGAUGCCUUUUGAUUGAAAGAGACGCUAUGAGACCUAACUCCCCUUUGAGUGAGCGAUUGCUCAGGAAGGCAACGGCUGUUCACGGCUUUGUGUAACUCGUCUGUACAGCAGGCUCUUGUCAGACUACUUUUUUAUUGUUUAGUAACUCAUUUACUACCCAUUCCCCAGCUUUGCACAACCAACCUUCAUAUAUUAAUAUACUUUAUAACCUCUAAAUCUCUUCCCGUUUCUAAGCCCUGCAGGCCGCCUCUUAUCUUAGUGCAUUUUAUUAGCUUUUCACAGCCAGACAGGCCUAGUUCAUGUGUGCCAUAUAGAUAACAUUCUGCUCACUCCUGUGGAGUUAUGCAUGAACCAGCACUAAUGGGAAUGGGUAAUGAAGGCUUUAACUUUUUAAACAAGGAUAUUUUUUUCAAUUAGACUGUCCCUUUAAAGAAACUGUGAUACUAAUAACUUAAGUUAGUCAUAAAUAAACCUUCAUAGAAAUAAGUAUACACUGUGCAAACCUAGUUUAUAUUAAUCAGUUAUGAAUAAACACUUUAGUUUUUUGCUUCUAGAUCUGCAUUGCAGACAAAUAUUUGUGGAGUCUAACCCAACCUGUUAGAAGAGUGUUUAUUGUGUAUUAUGUGGUACUUCAUAGGCCAUUAUAGUCCAUUAGAAAACACACACCUAGAUUAUGAGUUUAGCGCUAAACAGGAUACAAAACUAACGCCAAAAAAAUUGCGUUAUUGCACUCUCCAUAUCACUGCCAUUACAAGUUACUGAAAAGCCUCCUUAUGCUGUGCGUUAAGCUCCAUACCGCUCAAAAGCCAAGGGCUGACUUUACGUGCUCGUGCACGCUUUCCCCCAUAGACAUCAAGGGGAGAGAGUGUUAGAAAAAAAAACUAACACCUGCGAUUGCGGAAUGGAGAUCGCUGUAACGCAACCCCAUUGAUGUGUAUGGGAAAAAGAAAGUUUCGUUUAAACCUAACACCCUAACAUAAACCCCUAGUCUAAGCACCCCUAGUCCACCACUGCCCGACAUCUUCGACACAAAAUAAAGUUAUUAAACCCUAUUCCGCAGUUUCCCGACAUCGCUGACACUAAUAAAAAUGAUUAACCCCUAUUCCACCGCUCCCCGACAUCGCUGAGACUAAUACAAAUUAUUAACCCCUAUUCCGCCACUCCCCAACAUCGCUGACACUAAUAAAAAUUAUUAACCUCUAUUCCGCCGCUCCCCGAUAUCGCCAACACUAAUAAAAGUUAUUAACCCCUAAACCUCCGGCCCCCCACAUCAUAACUACUAAACUAAACAUAUUAACCCCUAAACCACCGGACUUCCCACAUCGCAAAACACUAAAUUAAACUAUUAACCCCUAAACCUAACACCCCCCUAACUUUAAAUUAAAAUUACAAUAUAAAUAUCUUAUCUAUAAAUUAACUUAACAUAAUUAUUCUAAUAAAAUUAAAAAAAACUACCAAUUAAAAAAUCUAAAAAACACUAUGAAAAAAUUUAAAAAAUCUAAAAUUACAAAAAAUAAUAAACACUAAAUUACGAAAAAUAAAAAAACUCUAAGCUUACAAAAAUUAAUAAACAAAAUUAUCAAAAAUAAAAACAAUUACACCUAAUCUAAUAGCCCUAUAAAAAUAAAAAGCACCCCCAAAAUAAAAACACCCCUAACCUACAAUAAACUACCAAUAGCCCUUAAAAUGGCCUUUUGUAGGGCAUUGUCCUAAGUUAAACUGCUCUUUUACCUUAAAAAAAGCUCCCGCUUAAAGUAAAGCCACCCAACCAACCCCCUAAAAUAAAAAACCUAACCCUAAAAAGUCCUAAGCUACACAUUGCCCUUAAAGGGGCAUUUGUAUGGGCAUUGCCUUUAAAAGGGCAUUCAGCUCUUUUAUAAGUGCCCAAAGCCCUAAUCUAAAAAAAAAAAAAAAAACACCCAAAUUUUUUUAAAAGAAACCUAACACUAACCCCAUACAUUCAACUCAGGGUUCCUGAAGUCCGAACAUCCAUCUUCAUCCAGGCGGCGAGAAGUCUUCAUCCAGGCGGCGACACCUUAAUCCAUCUCGGGGACGUCUCUUAUCUUCAUCCCAGGGGCACAGAGCGGAGCUAUCCUGGGCAGUGAAGACAUCCUGUGCGGAGCAUCCUCUUCAUACGGUCACCGCCGUAGACUGAAGUUGAAUGCAAGGUAGCCGUUUCAAAAUGGCGUACCUUGCAUUCCUAUUGGCUGACUUGAUUCUUCAAAUUCAAAUCAGCCAGUAGGAUAAGAGCUUCUGAAAUCCUUCAGGUCUUCAGGUGCAGCUUCAGGUUUUAUUUAAAAUAAGCUGUAUUUUAAAUAUAACCUGAAGCUGCACCUGAAGACACCUUUGUGAUGAUUUUAAUAAAAGGCUUAUUUUAACUGAAAUCUUGUGAGUAUAACCAGUUUAUGCACCUACCACAUUGUCUGAAAUCUGCUACUCUAUUGUGAGCUCUUUUAUUUUGGAGGUGAAAGCAACAAGGUUGACUCAGAGGACGUGGGCAGCUUGGUACCCUGGAGGUGACACAGCGCCGCCACUUUCAACGCUUUCUGUACCAAUUAUCUUGCCAUUUAAACUUUACAAUGAUAAACCUCCCCUUAGGAUCAACAAUCUUAGUGUCUAAUUGAUAUUGGAAUUUUUUAUGAAAGAGUAUUGCUACACCCCUACUAGAGCUGUUGUAGGGGGGCAGCAAUCACCUCCCCUAUACAUUAUGCUUUAAGUUUGGUGUGUUCAAUUUCAUUAAGGUGGGUCUCUUGUAAGCUGAUGAUGUCUGCACAUGACUUUUUCAGGUGGUCUAAGACAGAUUUCCGUAUAAUAGGGGAAUUUAUCCCCCCUAUAUUCCAGGACAGGAUUUUUACUGUCAUUUUAGGAUAUUAGGAGUUACUGACAUACGCUAUAGGGUGGUAUAAGGGAGGGGGCAAAAAUUACUAUCCAAUAGAGGCGAGCAAACAUUGAAAUUAUGUUUACAAGGUUAAUGGGUCUCACAGCAAUAACAUAACAUUUCCAUAAAGCAUUAAGCAACAAACCAUAAAAUACAAAAUUUAACAUACGACCUUAAUGAGGUCCAUGCCAUUUCAGGUAGAUUAAGGGUCCCUUAUUCCCUUUAUGGAGUGUACAUGAAGUAGGUUCUGGCAGCAAAAGUCAUGUAGGAGACUCUUGCUGGCAGGGUGAGGGUUGCUGUGAGAGCUCUUUAUUUUGAUCCAAUAAAUCUUGGGCUUCCAUGGGCGAAUCAAAGAAUUUGGGGCCUUUUGGGGUGUUAAGGCGUAGACAUGCUAGGUACAAUAAGGUAGCUUGAUGAUUUUCCUUAUGCAGUAGGGUACACAGUGGUGAGAAUUCCUUUCUGCGUCUUUGAACAUCCGAUGAGUAGUCCAUGAACAAGUAGAGCCUUUUGUCGUCAUAUAAGAGCAUUUGUAGGCCUCUAUAUGCUUGCACAAGUUGAAUCUUAGACUGAAAGUUUAGAUACUUAAUCAUUACUCCUCUUGGUGGUAAAUUUUUAUCAGAGGCAGAUGCCCUAUCAUUUCCAACUCUGUGCACUCUUUCCACUUUCAUGGGAAUGUGUUCAGCUGGAACUUUGAGCAAAUUGGGUAGGGAGUGCUCUACAAAGUAGAGUAAUUCAGAAGGACGGACUGUUUCAGGCAGGCCUACCAAUCUAACAUUGUUUCUGCGGGAGCGAUUUUCCAAGUCAUCUCAUUUCUGAUGAAGGGAGAUGUUUUGUUGAAUUAGAUUUUUUAUUUGUACAGUAGAGUUGUUAUGUCCGUCUUCUAGGUCUGAUAUGCGUUGUUCUGCUGAAGUCAGUCUCAAGUUAAAUUGUUUGACCUCUGAUGUGAGGGUGUCCAUACCUUUCUGAAGGUUGUCUAAUUUAGCCAGAAGUAAAGAGUUCAGCUGCUGUUCUGUGGAUACUAUUUGAGUAUCUGAAAUUGCGGCUGCAGGUAUGGUGGAAGGGGAAGAAGGCAGGGGAUCAGAGGCUCCUUUAUUUUUUUUUUGUCUUGAUUUUUGGUCCUGUGAGACAUUUUGUUAGAGGUCAGAAACCUGUCCAUGAACAAGCAUUCAUUCAAAGAGCAGUUACCUCAGAUGUUUAUCAAGCACAGGGAGAAAUAGGCCUGUGAGUUCAUAUAGUAGCAGGUUUUUCCCACAACCACUUUGUUGUUUAGGCUGUAUUGGAGGGGUGUGAAUAGUAGUGUGUCUGCUCACAGUGGCAAGGGCACAAAAACCUCUCUCAGUCUUAUGUGGGGCUCAGAAGCCGAUUUUCUGAUAGUAUGUGGAGUGAUUUAAAGCAUUAGAACUUUGGGGCAAGUCCUAUACUGCAGAUGUUCAGCUCAAUUUUCCAGAAGUCCCUCUGGGUUAGCCUUAACUCUAACAGAUUCCCUGGUCUCCUAUCAAGUAGAAGAGUAAAAAUAGGGACGAAGGAACCCCCUGUGUAGCACUUGAAAGCUGCAAAGUUGUCAGCGUUAUAGAUAAAGGCUAAAUUGGCCGUGCUUGCCUGCCAAGAUGUGGCGCAGUUACAGUGUGGGAUCGUAGUGCCUAUGUGUCAAGGAGCUGUAUGCACUCACCAACUGUGAUGAUCCAGUUUGCACUGUAGAUGGAGAGAUUCAGGUCCCAAUUAGAGGCUCUAGUAAAGUCGGAGCCAGCCAAACGUUGCUUACGCCACGUGGAGCUUUAUGGAUGCAAUAAUGAUUGCAUGUAUAUGGUCCUUCUGUGGCGAGGUAUCUGCUGUUAUACCUCUCAAAAUGCAGCACUGUAGUUCCACCGUGCUUCCGGGCUAUUAUUAGCAGCCAAUGAUACUUUGAGGGCUAAUUUGGCGGAAUUUAGUUGCGUUGGUCUCAGGAGCUCUUCUUUCACACCACCAUACUCGGAGCCCGCCCACUGGAAGUCCAAUAAUUAUAUUUAGCGUUGGCGUGCGGCAGAUUAGGGGUUAAUAGAUUUAUUUAACAGUCGCGAUGUGGGUGGGCAGCAAAUUAGGGGUUAAUAAGUUUAUUAUAGUAUUUGCGAUGCGGGAGGGUGGCGGUUUAGGGGUUAAUAGGAAGUUUAUGGGUGUUAGUGUACUUUGUAACAUUUUAGUUAUGAGUUUUGUGAAACAUUUUUGUUUUGCAAAAUCCAUAACUACUGUUCUCAGAUGGCGGUAUGGAUCGUGUCGGUAUAGGCUGUAACGCAAGAUUUUUAGCCUGAACGCAGAACCUGUACUACCAGCGCUAUAGAAAAUCCCACACAAAAACGUCAUUUUUUUGAGUGCAGAAUGGAUGUUGCGUUACAGGCUAAAAUGCUUGCGGUAUAACUAUACUGCCGUGACUCGUAAUAUGCGUUCCUGGCCAUUCCAGCGUAAUGGCCCAUUUUUCAGCGUUAAUAGCCGUACCGCAAAACUCGUAAUCUAGCUGACCGUUAUUGUGUGUUUUUCGUGCAUCUUUUUACUAUUUGAAAUGGAUAUUAAACAGUAAAUGAAUGCUAGAUACAAUGCUGUAUUCAGUUUAAAUAGUGUAAUAUUUAUUUGUGCUUAAAGCAAUGGGUGCCACCAUAUUACAACCUAGGUUUUCUUUUGUGCUGAGACUAAUUAUGAGUCACUUAAGUGUGCAACUAAUAACCAUGUGAAAUAUAGCAGUACUAGGUCUGGAGUCUGCACCUUCACUUCUAAUAGGAAUUAGGAAGUCUACAAUUUUCAGAGUUAAAGGGACAGUCAACACCAGAAAUGUUGUUGUUUUAAAAGAUAGAUAAUCCCUUUAUUAUCCAUUCCCCAGUUUUGCAUAACCAACACUGUUAUAUUAAUAUACUUUUUACCUCUGUGAUUACCUUGUAUCUAAACCUCUGCAGACUGCCCCUUAUUUCAGUUCUUUUGACAGACUUGCAUUUUAGCCAAUCAUUGCUCACUCCUCUGUAAAUUCACGCGCAUGAGCUCAAUGUUAUCUAUAUGAAACAUAUGAACUAAUGCCCUCUAGUGGUGAAAAACUGUAAAAAUGCAUUUAGAUUUGAGGCGGCCUACAAGGUCUAAGAAAUUAGCAUAUGAACCUCCUAGGUUUAACUUUCAACUAAAAAUACCAAGAGAACAAAGCAAAAUUGGUGAUAAAAGUAAAUUGGAAAGUUGUUUAACCCCUUAAUGACAACUGACGUACCAGGUACGUCAUGCAAAAACUAACUGUUAAUGACAAUAGACGUACCUGGUACGUCAGUUGUCUAACAGAGUGCUGGAAGUGAUCACAAUCGCUUCCAGCAGCUCUGAGGGUAUUGCAGUGAUGCCUCGAUAUGGAGGCAUCCUGCAAUACCCCUUUACAAGCCUCCGAUGCAGAGAGAGCCACUCUGUGGCCCUCUCUGCACCGGUAGUGAUGGUGCCGAUGGUGCCGUUGUCCGGGUGGGAGGAGGGAGCGUGUGCGCGGGGGCGCACGUGCAUGUGCGCGCAUUUGCGACACUGACACCAAUGAAGGAAGGAAGGGGAAAAAAAAGUAAAUUUUUUUUUUUUUACAUAUAAAAGGAUCUGGGAGGGGGAGGGGGGCUGCUACACUACAGAAAUAAUAAUAAAAAAAAAGUUAUAAAUAAAAUUAAAAUAAUUUGGUUUGUGGGGCCAAACUGGGUACUGGCAGACAGCUGCCAGUACCCAAGAUGGCGGUAAUUAGGUAGGGGAGAGGGUUAGAGAGCUGGAGGGGGGAUCAGGGAGGUUGGUGCUAAGGCAGGGGUCCAUCACAACUAAAAUAUUUUAUUAUUUUUAUUUAAAAAAAAAAAAAAAACUCUUUUAUUUAGUACUGGCAGACUUUCUGCCAGUACUUAAGAUGGCGGGAACAAUUGUGGGGUGGGGGAGGGAAGAGAGCUGUUUGGGAGGGAUCAGGGGGUGGGAUGUGUCAGGUGGGAGGCUGAUCUCUAAAAUUAACCCUGCAAGCUCCCUACAAGCUACCUAAUUUAACCCCUUCACUGCUGGGCAUAAUUCACGUGUGGUGCGCAGUCUGCUAUUUCUGAACAAAGGGGAUCCCAGAGAAGCUUUUAUAACAAUUUCUGCCAUAAUAGCACAAGCUGUUUGUAAAUAAUUUCAGUGAGAAACCUAAAAUUGUGAAAAAUGUAAAGUUUUUUUUUAUUUGCUCGCAUUUGGCGGUGAAAUGGUGGCAUAAAAUAUACCAAAAUGGGCCUAGAUCAAUACUUGGGGUUGUCUACUACACUACACUAAAGCUAAAAUUAACCCUACAAGCUCCCUACAAGCUCCCUAAUUAACCCCUUCACUCCUGGGCAUAAAACACGUGUGGUGCGCAGCGACAUUUAGCGGCCUUCUAAUUACCAAAAAGCAACCACAAAGCCAUAUAAGUCUGUUAUUUCUGAAAAAGGGGAUCCCAGAGAAGCAUUUACAACCAUUUGUGCCAUAAUUGCAGAAGCUGUUUGUAAAUAAUUUCAGUGGGAAACCUAAAGUUUGUGACAAAAUUUGUGAAAAAGUGAACUUUUUUUUUUUUUUAUCGCAUUUGGCAGUGAAAUGGUGGCAUGAAAUAUACCAAAAUGGGCCAAGAUCAAUACUUUGGGAUGUCUUCUAAAAAAAAUAUAUAUAUACAUGUCAAGGGAUAUUCAGGUAUUCCUGACAGAUAUCAGGGUUCCAAAGUAACUAGCGCUCAUUUUGAAAAAAAGUGGUUUGGAAAUAGCAAAGUGCUACUUGUAUUUAUUGCCCCAUAAAUUGCAAAAAAACAAAGAACGUGUAAACAUUGGGUAUUUCUAAACUCAGGACAAAAUUUAUAAACUAUUUAGCCUGGUUGUUUUUUGGUGAUUGUAGAUGUGUGACAGAUUUUGGGGGUCAAAGUUAGAAAAAGUGUGUUUUUUUCCAUUUUUUCCUCAUAUUUUAUCAUUUUUUUUUUUAGUAAAUUAUAAGAUAUGAUGAAAAUAAUGGUAUUUUUAGAAAGUCCAUUUAAUGACGAGAAAAACGGUAUAUAAUAUGUGUGGGUACAGUAAACGAGUAAGAGGAAAAUUACAGCUAAACGCAAACACUGCAGAAAUGUAAAAAUAGCCAUUGUCAUUAAGGGUAAGAAAAUUGAAAAAUGGUCCGGUCAUUAAGGGGUUAAAAUGACAUGCCCUAUUUGAAUCAUGAAAGGUUUUUUUGGGACUUGACUGUCCCUUUAAACUACCGGAAAGUAGACAAAAUAAAUAAUAAAAGUAUUUUGCAAAGUGUUUUUGUUUUUUUACUACACUUAAUUAAACAUUUUAUAUUACUAUCUAAUGAAAGUUUUUCACUCACUUAAUUAGAUUUUCCUUUUAUACAGUACACAUCAUUUGGGUGCUUGUUUUUUUUCUAAUUUAAAAAGGCCUAUUCAGUUGUAUUGAAAAUGCUUAGAUUUGGGAGUAAAAAAUAGGAUUAUAUUGUACUGGAGUCCUUUGUUGCAAUAUGCGUAAUCUGUGGAACCAGUUUUGUAUUCCAUAGGUAUUGUACUUGUUUGUUUUAAAAUUAUAUGGAUCUAAGAAUUCCAAAUUAUAAUCAUACUUUUGCUUGAUAUCUGUUGCGUGUUUGUUUACCUCUUUUCUAAGUAUAAAUAAAAUUGGAUUAAAAAAAGAAAAAAAGAAUGGAAGUAAAAUAAAUCACUUCAGUGGUGGUGGAUUAAGAUCACCCUAGAGUGAUACGUCUGGAGUGAUUGGCAGCCCCUGCUCUCACAUGAUUGGUUGCACAAGAACGUUUUUGUGUGAUCUUAAAUUAACUUUGUUGUCAAAAUAGUCAUUAUUGUAAAAAAAAAUUGAAUGCACUAAUCAGAGCAUCUCAUUUUAUGACUCUUAACCCUCUUAAUCCAAUCAGCAGCGCUAUUUGCACAACUCAGAUGUGGAACUAUUGCUGCUGUUUGGAUCUGUAGUGUUUUUUGCUCAGGACCAUCAGUGCUAGCCUCUGUGAGUCCCAUGUGGUAUUUCUACUGCGUUUAACCUCUUUGCGGGUGUUAAUACUAUAAUAGCCCCUUAAUUUUUCAUGAUAGAGCGAUCAAUUUUGAACAACUCUUUACUUACUUCAUUUGCUAUGUUCUCUUGUUUUUGUGUGAAAAAAAGCAUAUCUAGGUAGGCUCAAUGGCAGCAAUGCACUACUGGGAGUUAGCAGGUGGCUGAUAACUUCACAUAUAUAGGCCUCUUGUCAUUAGAUUACGUACACUUGUCAAUCUAUUCUCUCGCCACAGUUUAAUGCAGAAUGCCUUUAAUAACAGCUAUGUAAUUAUGUAAUAAAACUAUUUGUAUAAUGAUCAAGAUGCAUCUUUAUGUAUUUUCUAAAUCACUGAGUAUUUUUUUACUUCUUUCAUAAUGAGAUAUGUUUAUUGCUAAUAAAAAAAAAAUGAUAUGGACAUUA